CGCAUCAAUGGCCCCCGUGGUAGUCACAUGACGGUAGUUAGAUUCUCAUUCUCUCUUUCCUGCUUGCGUAAGGUCCCACCAAGCUGCAUUGAACUCGGGAAAAGACGUCAAAAUGUUAAAUAUUGCACUACUUCUUGCCUGUUUGGCAAUGGCGUAUGGCACCAAUACAACAGUCAUUACUCCAACUCCCUUCCCAUCUUCUGCAAUGGCAUCCCUGGCACCACCAACAACAGCAGCCCUUUUGACAACACCAGUAACAAUUGUACCAUCAACCAUUUCUAUGCAUUCCAGUCCGUCAAUCUCUGUAUCAGUGGCAUCAUCAGUAAUGCCUUCUUCAACAAGUGUGGCACCCACAACUCCACCAGCUACCACAACUAAAGCACCAACCACCCCUCCUAAGCCGACAUUUGGAGACUAUAGUGUAAAGGAUAAGCAAGGCAUGUUCUGUCUUCUAGCGCAGCUAAGUGCUACCUUCAAUGUCACUUAUCUUAAGAAGAAGGCAGGCAAUAAGACAGAAGAGAUGUCAUCUACAGUCUCUAUGCCGUUUAACAAAAGCUUAGUUGACACAUCAAACAGUAAGUGUUCUGAGGAGAAUGGCAUUUCCACACUGGAAGUUGUCUGGCCGGUGAAAGAGAAGUUCUACACAUUUGCCCUGACAUUUGCUGCAGCAGAAAGCAAGGAGGACAGUAAUGGCGUAAACUACACAGAUUGGAACAUCAAGCAUAUCGCCUUUGUUGUGAACACUAUCAAUAAUAAGGAUUUUGAGAAUGCUACAGAACAAAUUAUCAAAGUUGCAUCUAAUGGUACAGGAAUGUCUGGAUUCCAUGCCAAAUAUGGCAAAUACUACAACUGUGCUGGAAAGAGAUCAUAUAAAAUUGAAGACACUGUUUCUGUUCAGCUUGACCAUGUGAAAGUAGAGCCUUUUGUCAAGAGUCCGUCUAAGAACGAAACCUUCUCUGGAGAUUAUGAAGACUGCGAGAAUGAGAACCCCUCCAAAAAGCCAGAUGAUGAUAACAUUGUGCCGAUUGCUGUUGGCUGUGCCCUUGCAGGACUCGUCCUUAUUGUGCUAAUUGCAUACAUUAUUGGGCGCAGAAAGAGCCAUCGCGGCUAUGAAAAAGUCUAAAGACCUUUAUGAUCAUUACUACACGGCUUGACCAGACUUAUUUUGGAGUCACCUUUUUAUAUUGCAGUCAAACACUCAGGUUGAUUUAUUGAGAGAGAUACCUGUGCUGUUUAAGACCCUUUAAUAACUGGAAUAAUGGGUCAGUCAGCACCCUCAAGUCCACAGACAAAAAAGCUUUCUGUGCCCUUUUGGUAGUUUCACAGAGGAACUUUUUCACAGUUCCUCCCCAAGCAUGAGUCAAAAGCCUGAUAAUAGUCUGACCUUCACUACACUCACUGAAGGCUGAUAGAACCUCUGUGCUAUUUUCCAGCCUUUUUGAUUAUCGUAAUGAUUUGUUUUCCCAAAGAAUAGAAAGUAAUGCUAAUUGGUUUUCUUGCACAUAAAGAAUGGUAAAUAGGUUUGUCCGGAUAUAUUCUUUGUUGUUAUCUCUUCUGAUGGACAAAUUAAAUUAUUAAAAUAAUCACCUGGCUUUA